AGUGAAGGGGACACGACCAUGGUACGGAGCAGCGGGUUACUUGGUCACAAGCCUAGGUACCUCCAGUUUAUCUGGAGAUGGGAGCCAAUGUCGGGUGAGGGGCCUACUGGGACGGCUAUCUUAAACUAUAGCCGUUGUAAUGAAGAGGUGAGAUUGAAGGUUAAUGUUAAAGGGGGAAAAAAGAAAGAGAUGAGGACUGAUCAGAGACUGCAGCUGGCGAUUACGGAGGCCAAGGAUAGAGCCAAGAAGAUAUGCAGACGGGAAGGAGUUACGGAUGAGAUCAAGGUGAAAGUCGUGUACCAUGAGGAGGAGACGUCGACGGACAUAGUGGAACGCGAGCAGCAACACCUAGAUCGGGACACCGAGGCCGACAGUGAGGCCAGUGACCUAGAUGCUGCGACACAGUCUUGGCAUGGAUUAAGCCAGUGGAGGAGGGACCAUCAGCCGACCGUGCCUGGGGAGAGGGGCCCAGAGGCCAGUUCACGGCGACGAAGGGAUGAGUAGCAGGCGCUGGUAGGGCUGUUAGAUGAGGUCAAGCUCCAGCGGGUCCUAAGGUACGUCCUGCAUAGUCACCAUCGGGAAGUAAGCAAGGUCGUGGAUGCCACCAAUGGCAGUUGGACAAAGUUUGGGGACCUGAUGCGGAGGAAGUAUAGGCUGGGGGAUGGCCUGUUGAUCAUGGCCGACUUGGAGGCCAUGAAUAAGGAGGACUUCUCUACCAUUGGGGCGUUCAUGCACGAAUUUAAGAAAAGGGCGAGGAAAGUGCACGGGCUUUUGGAGGAGGCGCAGUGCGCCACAUUUCUAGGAUUGCUUACGGGCUCGGAGGCUGCAAAAUUGACAAAGCAUGGGGAAGGGAGUGAGAGGCUCACCUGGGCAACUAUUGACAAGGGAGUGGAAGAAGGGAGUCUGGACCAGGUGGAGCAGCACAUAAUGAGGCUGCAAAGGCGUAAGAGGAAGGAGAGGGAUGCUACCGCAUCCGGGACCCCAGGGGUGAAGAGAAUCGUCACGGACGUGUUGGCAGCACUAGGGUAUGACAAUGAAGCAGAAAUACAGAAAAGAGGGGCACCUAACCAAGCACCUCCUCGGAGGGAGCCUAAGCCCGAACGAAGGAAGGAAGUGGUAGAGGUUCAGGAAGAGGAGGAUGAGGGUGAUGACGAAGAGGAUGAGAGGCUCCGCCAGGAAGAGGACCGGCGAGCGGAGCAGAGGGCCAAGAAGAGAGGAACUCAGGGAGAAGCAGAACCGAGCCUGCGCGACGGCGCCCCAAAGAGAAAGAAGUACGCGGUCCGGCUGGAGGAGGGCUUUGACGUGGAGCGAAUGGUGGACAAGCUCCUGGAAGGCCACAAUGAUUUGAUGAACCUAAAGGACAUCUUGGCGUCGGCGCCAAGGCUCCAUGGCGAGCUGAAAGAGCGACUCUCACGAAGGUUAGUGCCCAACGUCCACCUGAGCUCAAUUCUGCCUAGGGAGAUAAAGUGGACAGAGGCGGGCAAUAGGAUGGAUUGGAAAUGUGCGGCGUGCGGGUUGGUGGAUUUGAAGGUGAGGGACCAGCCGAGCAUUGCAAUGGUGGAUAUGGGCGUUGAGAUGAAUAUUAUUCGGGACCGAGAUGCGACCAUGCUAGGGCUGGAAGUUGACCAUUCGGAUCACGGGGUGCCGCAUGGCGCCAACUGUAAGGCAAUUUUCUGCGGCACCGCGUCUAACGUGAUGGUGGAAAUUGGGAGGGUAAGGGCGCGAACGUGCUUCUUCGUCAUGCCCGAUGUCGAUCACCCUAUCCUUUUGGGGAGGUCGUUCCUCUGCCGGACGGAGACUUUGGUCUUCAAUAGGCAUGAGGGGACGAUGAUCCUGGCCCUAUCUGAUCCGACCUGCGGGAAUUACGAGAUCAUAAAGUGCCGGAACACAGGACCCGGAAGAGGGCGGAACAGGCUCAAUCUCGGCUCCUUUACCUACGAAGAGUCUGAGUACGCGCGACAAAGACUCCGGGAGGAACAAGAGGGGGAAGGAGCAUGCGAGGUAUUGUCCCUGAGCCUUAACGAUGUGAAUAAGGCAAUGGAGGUGGUGGCGGCGCAUAAUAUGGUGGACCCUGAAGCUAUAAAGGCAUUGAGGGAGCAGGGAUGGACUAAUGUGGUGGCGAUGGUGCAAAGGGACAUGAUUAGGGCCAUGCAAACGGUUAGUCCACAUAUCACUCAGCCCCACAUUGACGAUUUGGCGGUCAAGGGUCCAAAGGAGGAGGAAGACGAGGUAAUACCAGGAGUGAGGCGAUUUGUCUGGAGGCGUGUCCAGGAUGUCGAUCAGGUUCUGGGUCUGCUGGAGGAGCACAACCUGACGGCGAGUGGCCCCAAGUCGAAGCACUGGGACAAGAACAGGGCGGAUGGGCUAAGCCGUAUCAACUGGGAUGGGGCGAGCCAGGAGUCAAUUGAGGAUACCCCACCAGUCGACGGGUUCUUGGAUCAGGAGGAGGAUGUCCGCCUCCACAUAAAUGAAUGGUCGUUGAGGGUGCCUAGCUGCGUCACGCAUCCCAUAUGGCUAGCACCAAGCGGGUACGAGCGAAAGGAGGAAUUGGUCCUCAAGCCCUUCCAGGAAGAAGAUCCUUGGGGAAGUAGGGAUGUUGGAUGGAUGAUGAAGUUAGCAUUGGCAGGUACACAUAGUCUGGCGGAGGAAGUAAGGACGAUAGAGGAAGGUCCAACUCAGGUAGAGGAGCGUGAGCAAUUAAUGGGAGGGAUGUAUUUGCUCACUAAUAUGCUCCUGCAGGGGGACUUUAACCAGAGGGGCUCAUUUGGUCCUGAGGAGGGUGAACUUCUUGUUCCUGAAAGUCAGGACGAUGAGUUCGAAGAGGGAGAGAUCAGGGAGGCAUUUCGUGUGGAAGAGUAUGACGGGAUCUAUCGGGAGCUGGGGUUACUCCUGUCUGACUUUUCGAAGGCAGUCAUGCAGAGGGGCGGGAGGGACACACGGCCACGGCAGGGGCCCCAGAGGGCAGCAGGAAGGGGCGAGCAGCAUGAGACACCUAGGAGGGAGCCUACGCCUGAGUUCGACGACGAUAAUAUAGAGCUCUUCCUGGACGUGUAUCGGGAUCAUGCGGCACAGAGAGGGUGGUCAGUGGCAGAGAGGAUUCACCACUUGAGGGGUAUAGGGCGAUUUGAGGAGCCUGUCGCUCAGAUAUGUGAGGAGGCCUUAACUUGGCCAGAUGUGGAGGCCGGAAUGCAGAGGUUGAGAGCUUCCCCUAGAGGACGUGAUGGCAUGCCCAUUCGAUUGGAGGAGGGGAACGAGGAGGAGUUUAAUGCCGCAUACGAGCACUAUAUGCUGAGAGGCAGAGAUGGAGGACAGGGGGCGGGUGAGGGAGCGAGGAUGGAGACAAUUCACGAGUCACCCUCAGUCAUGCCCGCGACCGAGCGCCCAGCUAUCGAGGAGCCUGUACUGGUAGGGCUACCGCUAGUAUUGCCAUGCACAAGCGAGAGGAUGGGUGUCGAGGCGCCAACUCCGGAAGGUCAGGGACUGCGAGUGAGAAGAGCCCGAAGAGAAACCCGCGAAGAGAAGUCCGCCAGAGUGCGAGCCCGUUUGGAUGAAAUACACGCAAGGCAGGCUGAGAUGGAGGCGGCAGGGAUAGAGCCGACGCCGCCGGUCGACCCGAAAACGAGUGAGCAGCGAAUCGACGAGUUGUGGGCAAGGUACGAGGGCUCGAGGGACACAGCCCGCCAGAGGUCACGAGAGAUGGAGCAGGUGGACGUGGAGGCGGGUGAGCUGAGAGAGAUGGGAGACUUGGGGUUCUCUGCGACUAGGAUGACGAUUGAGCGUGUGGACAGGAAGAUAUGCGAGAUGGCAGUUACAUCCUUCCAGUGGUAUAGUUUACUCAGCGGUGAGCUCAUGGUCAGAGAGUUGGAGGUGGAGCACCUGACUACUCAGCUUGCCGAGGAGAGGGCGAGGAGCCAGGCCAGAGAAGUUGAGUGGGAGAGGAGAUUUGGGGAGAUGGCAGCCAUCGUGGACAAGCUCUCGGCAGCCUGGGAGGCUAGCCAGACGGGACGAGCCGGUGCCAAUGGCCAGGGCCGAGGGGUGCAGGCUUCGCCGAAUUGGGGAGCAGCGGUAGAGGCCCCUUGACAGGCCGGGCCAAUGGGGGAGGUGCCCCUGGACACGGCUGAGGAGGAGGGUGGCGCCCAGGAGUCACUUAUGGCGAUGUUUACGGAG